GUUUCGUUUCACUCCCAGCCAAAGCUCUUACCUACCUACCUACCAUCGUUUUACAGCGAGCGGCAACUUCUAGAAAUUGUGGUCUGAUUGUAAUUCAACAUGUCUAGAGUAUCGGAGAUGGAUACUAGCACCAUGCGCGCCAUGGAACGUGUCAUAUCUGGUCUUUGGGUUCUCCUAGGCGCAGGGGCGAUCAACGAGUCACAGCACUCGAAGAUUCUCCGGCUUCUUGGCAGCAAUGAAGAUUCGCUGCCGGCUGACAAGAUCGACAACACUUAUAACAAGACUACACAAGUCUCGGCGCCUAUUGCUCAUGCUACCACAUUUGAACUCGUAAACACGCAACUUGGGAAUGCAUCAGUCCCUAGACUCCCAAGCGUGUCACUGAUCCGUUGGGACAUGCCACCUCUUUCCGCCACGCCUACGAUUAUUCCACGCCAGGCUGAGACAAAACCCCUGAGUCAGAAACAGUACAACACUCUGUCAAAGGGGGAGCGCAAAGCCCUCAGUACCGUCACAACAGCAAUCAAGCCGUUCCUUGGUAAUGAGCCGUUAAAUUACGAGGUGAAUAUAUGUGCUGCUCAUGCAAGAGAUCUUUCCUCCACCAUUCCCCGAUUUCUCCUCUUGACCGAGUCCAUAUCUCAUCACAACACCUGUCUUCUUUCACACGAUACAAAAGAGCAAAUGAAGCCUCUGGGCAACCCCUCGAAAAGACUCGACCAAAAAGGCCACGUCUCCGAUAUGCCUGAGCGGAAGGUAUUGCCUUCCCACAAAGACAGCGACCAUGGUAGUGGCCGUAAAGACCAUGAGAUGACCAAUACCUCCCAAAAUCCCGCGUCGGCUCCGGAAGAACGGUUCAAGAACCACCAAACUUCCGUAAGGGAACAGGAGCUCGGGAUGGGCGUCUUUGGCGACGGCGGCACCAGCAGUAGCAGCGGUGCAACUAUGGUCGGCAACCAUGCGGCAGCAAAUGUCUCCGAUGUCACCGAUGCCGCCACCAACGAGGGCACAGAGACCCGCGCCGGCGAUCCUACGCCUCCGCGUCCAGCUCCCAGUCUGACGCACCAUCACAUGCCCUCUUCCCGCUCCUCGUCCGCAUUGCCCCACCGCAACAAAUACCACCGCCGCGACCCGCCCUUCCCCCUCCACACGAACCCGCGUCUCAGCCACGUGCCCGCCGACGAGAUAUACUACGUGUAAAGACGAGGAUGACGAUGAUGAUGAUGCCUAGAUGGAGUAUGGAACCCGCCCCUUUUCGCAGCUCCCUGGUUCCUACUGCGGACAAGUCAUGCCUAGCAUCGAGCACCAGUGGGCAAUGACUGAAGCUCCGCACUUGCAGUGAAACCUUCGUCACGUUUUGCAGAUACAGAAAUGGAAAGAGGGAGCUUGCGUGUUUUGUUUUGUGGAGAGGAAAUGCUGGCUGAACGUCACAGGCCAUAAACAUGAUAAAAUGGGAACGAUGAUUUGUAUAUAUCCGCAGAGUGAAGGUCAUGCUCAGAAGUAGUGUGCGCAACAAGCAAAACACGCAGAUUUG